UCGUCUCUCAGCAGUGCGCAGCCCCAAUCCCAAACCCUCACAGGUUCAAAAAUCGAAUCCGCCGCUGCCCAAAUCUCACAUUCCUCCCUCUCUCUCCGUCUCUCGUCUCCUCCCCCAAUCUCGUCUCCGCCCUCCGCCCCCGAACCCCCGACUCCCCGACCCGAAGAUCUCCGCUCCUCCCGCUCCGCGCCGGCCCCAGAUCGCGGCGAUGGGAGCGGAUCCGGACGCCUCCUCCUCCUCGCCGGCGGCGGCGUCUCCGUCACGGCAGCCGCGACAAGGUACGCGACGCGCGGGCGAGGAAGACCUCCGCGCCGUGGAGUCCGCGGACCACCUGAGUCCGAGCCGCCGCGCGGAUUCGAGCCCUGCGCCGCCGCCGUCGCCCGCGUCCGCCGCGCCGGUGCCCCAGCAUCCCGAAGUGUCAGGCGAGGACGCGGUGCUGGCCAGCGAGGAGGCGGUGGAGGAACAGCCCGCCCUUGAGGAGGUGGUGGUGGAGGCGGAGGCGGCUGUUGCAGGAGGAGAUGGGGAGGCUCUCCGCAGCUUCUUGGAGGAAUUCGGGGAUCAAGCAGAUGAUUAUAUUAUCCCAUCUCCGCGCCUGAAGGGGAUCGCAACUCCUGACUGCCCUGCUGCCCUUCAAUUCCUAGGGGGGAGGUACAAUAGCCUGAUGGAGAAGCACAACAGCCUGAUGGAGAAGUACAAGCAGCAGGUGGCUAAGUGUGCCGAGGAGUGUGCACCAAGGUUUGAUGGCUUGAAGAACAAGUACACGGUGGAGUGUGCAGAGCGGCGGCGUUUGUACAAUGAGCUCAUCGAGCUGAGGGGAAACAUCAGGGUAUUCUGCCGGUGCCGCCCUCUAAGUUCCGACGAGAUCUCCCGUGGCUGCUCAUCAGUGGUUGAGGUUGACCCGUCCCAGGAGAUGGACCUUCAGUUUGCUCCCACGGAAAAAGAGAGGAAGACCUUUAAAUUUGACCAUGUUUUUGGACCGGCUGAUGAUCAAGAGGCUGUAUUUGCUGAGAGCCUGCCAGUCGUGAGAUCAGUGAUGGAUGGUUUCAAUGUAUGCAUCUUCGCAUAUGGGCAAACUGGAACAGGGAAAACCUUCACUAUGGAAGGUGUUCCAGAGAAUAGGGGUGUUAAUUAUAGGGCUCUUGAAGAACUGUUCAGGAUCUCAGAGGAGAGAAGCUCAUCUGUCUCGUACUCAUUUGGUGUGAGUAUCUUGGAAGUCUAUAAUGAAAAAAUCAGGGACCUUCUUGAUGACAACUCUGAACAAACAUCAAAAAGGUUGGACAUAAAGCAAAGUGCUGAUGGGGCACAAGAGGUGCCUGGCUUGGUUGAAGCUCCAAUUUCUACAAUAGAUGGUGUGUGGGAGAAACUGAAAGCUGGCGCUAGAAAUAGAUCUGUUGGAUCAACCAGUGUCAAUGAACUGAGCAGUCGCUCCCAUAGCUUGGUUAGGGUCACCGUUACAAGUGAGCAUUUGGUGACUGGGGAAAGGAGCAGAAGCCACAUGUGGUUGGUUGACCUUGCUGGAAGUGAGCGCUUGGCUAAAACUGAAGUAGAAGGAGAGAGGCUGAAGGAGGCAAAGUUCAUCAACAAGUCACUCUCUGCACUGGGUGAUGUUAUCGCUGCCCUUGCCUCCAAAAAUGCCCACAUCCCAUAUCGGAACUCCAAGCUAACUCAUCUGCUCCAAAGCUCAUUAGGUGGAGAUUGCAAGACACUUAUGUUUGUGCAGAUAAGUCCAAGCUCUACAGAUUCAGGAGAAACUUUGUGCUCACUAAAUUUUGCUAGUAGAGUUCGAGCUAUUGAACAUGGCCCUGCCCGUAAACAAGUGGAUCCAGCUGAAAAUUUCAAGAUCAAGCAGAUGGCCGAAAAGCUCUGUCAUGAGGAAAAGGAAAAUGCGAAGUUGAACGAAAGCUUGCAACUGAUGCAACUCAAGUAUGCUUCUCGUGAGAAUGUCUUCAGAACUCUUCAUGAUAAGAUAAGGGAGACUGAGCAAGCCUGCAGAACUCAUCAGCAGCGGGCUAGAGAGCUGGAGAAUGAAUUAGCUAAUGAGAAGAAGGCUGCGAGGGAUACGGGUAAAUCCACGAAGCCAUCAUUUGCCGCUCCUGUGAGGCAGAGACCACCACUUGCUCCUAUGAGGCAGAGACCACCAAGCAACAACAUGCCACAACCUUCAGGCCCUUCCAGAGUGAGGUUCGCUGGUAAGGGAUCUUCAGUUCAGAACAAAGAGAACAUCCCUACGACGAACAAAACCAUUGUGGACAAGACUGCUGGCAAAGCACGGCGUGUAUCUUUAGUUCCCAUGAUGCGACAGAUCCCUCUCCAGCCUAAGAGGCGAUCCUCGAUUGCGAUCCUACCAAGCGAGAGAGAGCGGAUGUCCAUAUUUCCCGAGAAGAAAGCAAUGUCACGGCUGUCCCAUGUCCAAAUGUCAAGAACAGCAAGACCACAGGCGACUUUUAACUCAAUUCCAGAAACACCACAGGCAGCAGUCGACGCAACUCCAGAUGUCAGAGGAAAGUUUAGAAGAAUGGAGUUCGGCAGCAGCAGCAGGUUCUCAAGCCCUCCAACGCUGUCCAUGCGGAAGUCAAGGAACAAUAUCUCGUCUCCACAGCAGAGGUGUAGGCAGCAGUCAGGGUCUGGAAAUGCCAGCAAGCUAUGCUUCAGUAUCCAGAAAAGAGUAGCUCUUGGUUCACCUGCUCCAGCAAGAACAACUUCCCUGACGUCUGGUACUGGCAUCUUUGAUCCAGCUCUGCGUGAGCAGAUAAUGGCAGGGAGAUUCGGCAAUGCGCAGCGGGUGUUCAACGCCAAGAGGAGAAUGUCCGUCCUCUAGGGGGGGCGUGCGUGCUUGGGAGGUGAAGAAGAUCCAGUUUGGAAUGUUGAAACAACAGUGCGGAACCGGGAUACUGAAGGAACGUGGCACUUUUGCUUCCUCGGAGAAGACCAACCAUGGCUGGGGCGGGAGCUUGUGUUGAUAAGAGAACUUGUAACUUGUGUUAGGGUUCUCUUGGCGAUGAUAAAUGUCUACUUUUAGGGUUGUGUAUAAUUAUACCCUGACGGGUUGGUUGGUUGGAUUAGCCUUUGGCAUCAGUCUGGAUGUUCUUUCCCUCCUAGAAGCUGCUUGCCUAUUAUGCUACUUACUGAUAAGAAAACUAGGUUCCAGUUAUUCAUAUCAUUUGUUUGGAAUGAUAUAUAUGUUACUCAAUAAUUCUGACUUGAA